CUUAGUACCUGCACAAGAUCCUGAAAAGACAGCAGUAUGAACUUUCAUAUCAAGGUGGAGAUGUUGGUGACGGUGGCUGUACUGUAUCUUGCGUUUGGUGUGAGUGAUGGACGGGUGCUAAGCAAGUGUGAACUUCAGGACGAUCUGAACUCAACUCUACCUGCAAACCUUUUGGCCAAGAUUCCCAACCUGGUAGCCAAGAUUGUCUGCUUUGUGAACUUGAGCUCUCAGUUCAACACCAGCACCAUCACUUAUGUUAGCUCAGUCCCUGGAAGCAAAGGUGCACAAAAGUGCAGACUUGCCGAGGGGUCAAGCAGUGAGGAGGACAGUCAGGAAACCACCCAGGUGCCUAAUACUGGUUUCAGUGCUUCAACAGUCACGCCAGUCACUUCAGCCCAAGGUACCAACCCAACCAGCAAAAAUCGUAAGAGACGCAACGUCAGAUCUGUAGAGUCAAGCAGUGAGGAGUCCAGUGAGGAAAACAUCCGGGGGCCUAAAAAUGGUUUCAAUUCUUCAACAGUUAAGCCGGUCGCUCAAUACCUGGGUAACAACAUAACCAGCAGUAUUGGUGUUAAAGCACGCAAAGGCAGGUCUUUAGAGUCAAGCAGUGAGGAGUCUAAUGGGGAUGACAGCAACUCCUCCAGUAGUGAAGAACGGAGAAAAAGAUCUGCACCUGGGGCAAGCAGUGAGGAGUCUAAUGGGGAUGACAGCAACUCCUCCAGUAGUGAAGAACGCAGAAAAAGAUCUGCACCUGGGGCCAGCAGUGAGGAGUCUAAUGGGGAUGACAGCAACUCCUCCAGUAGUGAAGAACGGAGAAAAAGAUCUGCACCUGGGGCCAGCAGUGAGGAGUCUAAUGGGGAUGACAGCAACUCCUCCAGUAGUGAAGAACGGAGAAAAAGAUCUGCACCUGGGGCCAGCAGUGAGGAGUCUAAUGGGGAUGACAGCAACUCCUCCAGUAGUGAAGAACGCAGAAAAAGAUCUGCACCUGGGGCCAGCAGUGAGGAGUCUAAUGGGGAUGACAGCAACUCCUCCAGUAGUGAAGAACGCAGAAAAAGAUCUGCACCUGGGGCCAGCAGUGAGGAGUCUAAUGGGGAUGACAGCAACUCCUCCAGUAGUGAAGAACGCAGAAAAAGAUCUGCACCUGGGGCCAGCAGUGAGGAGUCUAAUGGGGAUGACAGCAACUCCUCCAGUAGUGAAGAACGAAGAAAAAGAUCUGCACCUGGGGCCAGCAGUGAGGAUUCCAGUGAGGAAAACAUUCAGGGGCCUAAACUUGGUUUCAAUUCUUCAACGGUUAAGCCAGUCACUAAAUACCAGAAUAACAACGUAACCAAGAAAUAUUUUGGAGGACGCAGGUACAGGGCUGUGGAGUCAAGCAGUGAGGAGUCCAGUGGGGAUGACAGCGACUCCUCCAGCAGUGAAGAAUACAGAAGAAGAUUUGUAUCAAAGGCAAGCAGUAAGGAAACCAGUGAGGAAUUCAUCCCUCUAAAUAGUUUUAAAUCUUUAAGAGUGAUGCCAGUCACUCGUCCUCCUGCUAAAAACAGUGGUAAAGGUUUAAGAAAACGCCCUGGCAGGUCUGCAAAGUCAAACAUUAAAGAAUGCAAUGAGAAGAACAUGUGGACUUUGUACGGCUUGUUCCAGCUGCCUGAUCGUAUCGCCUGUGCCUCUGGGGCAAAACCAUCCCUCAACCUCUGCAAUUUGCCCUGUUCCAGUCUGCUUGAUGACGAUAUCAAGGAUGACAUCACCUGUUUUGAGACCAUCCUCAAUAAAAUCCUAUCAGAAGAAAAACAGACCGGGCCAAAUAAAGAAAUUUUCAACAAAUUACGUGCUUAUUUCUUCAAGAAGGAGUGCGAGAAAGAGAAGGAUUCCUCUUUUUCUACUUGUUAAAGCAGACAGAAGGUCUAGCAAACAUCUCGACUCAGUUCUACUCAAAGAAAAUUACUUUUUUUAGCUCCUAACAUUUGACUUUUUGAGGUUAUGGCUACUUACGAAGUGAAUCACUGAUGUCCCAUGUCCUUCUAUUAUUUCUCAUGUCUUCUUCAUUAGCAAUUUAUUAUUCCUGACUGAUCAAGGUUUAUGAUGAUCAUGGAAUUUAAGAGCUGUCUCACUUCCAUCAUAACUGCUCCGUUAUAAACAAUUUUAUUAAAACGGCUAACAGGUAAGGGGAAGACUGUUGAAGUAAAAGGAUCUCAAUUGGCACAACAUUGCAAUUCAUUUGCAAAUUACACAGACACACACACACACACGCACACAGACAUAUACACGCACACAGAUUUAAUUUCGCCGACUAAAACAAGACAAAGAAGAGAGAACUGCUCUAAAUCACCAGACAAGUGUUAAAUUUAAAAAGAAUAUCCUACUAACUUGAUGUUCGUUUCUGUCUUUUCAUGUUCUUCUCAUAUCUAAAAGCAUAAAAAAUUUGUUUUGUUUGAAUAAAAU